AAUCGUUUAGCCUCGUUGUCUGCUGACACGUCAGUCAAUUUACUUGUGGAACUAAAAAGUUAAGAAAAAAAUAAGUUUUUGUCAACAAUUUUUAUAGAAUUUAAGUCCGUUCGUGUAUUAUUUAAACGCCGUAAUCUCUAAAUUUUGUCAAAUUCACACAAGUUACGAACCAGCUCAAGAAUUACGAACAGAAAACAACAUGUCUCAAUCAACCGUACCAUGUUACACCAUUAUAAACUCGCCCGAUUUGGAGGUGCCCAAUGAAAUGCAAUUGAAACAAGAUCUGGAAAAGGGCGAUACAAAUGUUAAAAUCGACACACUCAAAAAAGUUAUUCAACUUCUGUUGAAUGGCGAACGUUUAUCCGGUCUGAUCAUGACCAUAAUACGUUUUGUUUUGCCCGUGCAAAAUCAUACAAUCAAAAAGUUGCUGCUUAUCUUUUGGGAAAUUGUCCCCAAGACAUCGCCGGAUGGAAAAUUGUUGCAAGAAAUGAUUUUAGUGUGCGAUGCUUACAGGAAGGAUCUCCAACACCCCAAUGAAUUCUUGCGUGGCUCUACAUUGCGUUUCUUGUGCAAGCUGAAGGAACCCGAAUUGUUGGAACCUCUGAUGCCUUCCAUUCGUGCUUGUUUGGAACAUCGUCAUUCCUAUGUCAGACGAAAUGCUGUCCUUGCCAUUUUUACAAUUUAUAAAAACUUCGACUGGCUAGUGCCCGAUGGCCCGGAACUUAUUGCCAACUUUUUGGAUACCCAACAGGAUAUGUCCUGCAAACGUAAUGCUUUCCUUAUGCUCUUGCAUGCUGAUCAAGAAAGAGCCCUGAACUAUUUGGCUUCCUGUAUCGAUCAGGUGAAUAGUUUCGGUGAUAUUCUACAAUUGGUUAUUGUGGAACUGAUUUACAAAGUCUGUCAUGCCAAUCCCGCCGAAAGGACUCGCUUCAUCCGUUGCAUUUACAAUCUGUUGAAUUCUUCAUCGAAUGCUGUGCGUUAUGAGGCUGCCGGUACAUUGAUAACUCUCUCCUCUGCCCCAACAGCCAUUAAGGCCGCAGCUGGUUGUUACAUUGAAUUGAUUGUCAAGGAAAGCGAUAACAAUGUAAAAUUGAUUGUUUUGGAUCGUUUGAUUGCCAUGAAAGAUAAUGAAAAUAUGGAGAAGGUUAUGCAAGAUUUGGUUAUGGAUAUUUUGCGUGUUUUGGCUGCUCCUGAUAUUGAGGUACGUCGCAAAACUUUGGCUCUGGCCAUGGAUUUGGUGUCUUCGCGAAACAUCAACGAAAUGGUGCUGGUUUUGAAGAAGGAGGUCUCCAAAACUCACAAUGUUGAACACGAAGACACCGGAAAGUAUCGCCAGUUGUUGGUCCGCACCCUACACUCCUGUUCCAUUAAAUUCCCCGAUGUGGCCGCCAGUGUUAUUCCAGUUUUAGUAGAAUUCCUUUCGGACACCAAUGAAUUGGCAGCUGCCGAUGUUUUGAUUUUCAUCCGUGAGGCUAUUCAGAAAUUCCCAGCCUUGAGGAGUCUUAUAAUUGGUCAUUUGAUUGAGGCCUUCCCACAAAUUAAAUCCUCAAAAAUCCAUCGUGCCGCUGUAUGGAUUUUGGGUGAAUAUGUUGACGACAAGAGUCAGAUUUUGGAAGUUAUCGAUGUUAUUACCCAGACAUUGGGUGAAAUUCCAAUGGUGGAGGCUGAACAACGCCGUCUGGCUGGAGAGCAAACUGAUGAAGAACUCUCAGCUGCUCAGGCGGCACCUGCAACACAAACUACCAACUCCAAGGUUACUUCAGAUGGUACAUAUGCCACACAAAGUGCUUUCAGCUUGGCACCAGUUGCCAAGAAGGAAAAACGUCCACCAUUGCGUCAAUAUCUUAUGGAUGGUGAUUUCUUUAUUGGAGCCGCUCUCUCGGCCACCCUAACCAAGUUGGUUUUGCGUUAUGCCGAUUUGGAACAAGAUGUGCGUUCCCAAAAUCGUUUGACCACACGUGUCAUGUUGAUUAUGAGCUCCAUUUUGCAUUUGGGUAAAUCUGGUUUCCCAUCCAAACCCAUUACGAAUGAUGAUACCGAUCGUAUCUUCAUUUGCUUGCGUACCCUUAGUGAACGCACCGAAGAGGCUGUUGAGGUAUUUAAACGUUAUUGUCGUGAGGCUUUGGGUAAAAUGUUGGAUGCCCAAGCUGAGGAAGAUCAACGUGUCCUCAAAGAGAAACAAAAGGCCGCUGCUAAAGUACAACCUGAUGAUCCUGUGCUAUUCUCUCAGCUGUCGAAUGGUCGUGAAAAUCAAUUGGGUGAAAAUGUAUUUGAGUCUAGUUUGAAUCAGGCCUUGGCCGGUACCAAAUCGACCAAUCUGAGUGAUAUUACAUCACCAAACAACAAAUUGAAUAAGGUUACCCAAUUGACUGGUUUCUCAGAUCCUGUCUACGCCGAGGCCUAUGUCAAUGUCAAUCAAUAUGAUAUUGUUUUGGAUGUUUUGAUCGUCAAUCAGACAAAUGACACUUUGCAAAACUGCACCUUGGAAUUGGCCACAUUGGGUGAUUUGAAAUUGGUGGAAAGGCCCCAUCCCGUUGUCUUGGCUCCUCAUGAUUUCUGUAACAUCAAGGCCAAUGUUAAGGUAUCUUCAACAGAAAAUGGCAUUAUUUUUGGCAAUAUUGUUUAUGAUACAUCAAUUAACACAAAUGUUGUUGUACUCAGUACCAUUCACAUUGAUAUUAUGGAUUACAUUAUCCCUGCUACUUGCACCGACACAGAAUUCCGUCAAAUGUGGCAAGAUUUUGAAUGGGAAAAUAAGGUCACAGUCAAUACCACUUUCACUGAUUUACAUGAAUAUCUGAAACAUCUGCUUAAGAGCACAAACAUGAAGUGUUUGACACCAGAGAAAGCCCUCUCGGGACAAUGCGGUUUUAUGGCUGCAAAUAUUUAUGCCAAAUCAAUUUUCGGAGAAAAUGCUUUGGCCAAUUUAAGUAUUGAAAAACCUGUCGAUGAUCCAGAUUCCAAAGUUACCGGUCAUAUUAGAAUACGUGCCAAGAGUCAAGGUAUGGCUUUGAGUUUGGGCGAUAAAAUCAGUUCAUCUCAAAAAUUAUGUGUGCAAGCUUCAUAAAAUGUAGA